AAAGAAUUUGAAAAAAGAGGGAGACCCCACGACAGAAAAUGGGAACACUCCGAAUUCUCCACUGGCUAUAACCUUUACUCUUCAUUUUCCUCACUCUCACUCUUGUCUCAAAAAGUGACAUUUCCAAGCUUAAAUCGGGCGCCACCACUACAUGUGUGGAAAUGGGUUGUGCGGCGUCGAAGCUAGACAAUGAAGACACGGUAAGGCGGUGCAAAGAUAGGCGCCGCCUGAUGAAGGAAGCCGUUCACGCUCGACAUCACUUAGCGGCGGCUCAUGCGGACUACUGUCGCUCUCUACGCUUCACCGGCUCAGCUCUCUCCUCCUUCGCAGCUGGUGAACACCUUUCCGUCUCGGACGAAACCCCGGCCGUUCUUCUCCACCCUGUCAACCCGUCUCCGCCACCACCGAGCAAACCGAUCCCUCCACGCGUACCUCCAUCUCCCUCACCUUCUCUCCACCCUCCACCUCCUCCCCCGCCUUUCUCUCCGUCUCCUUCUCCAACAAUCGCUAGCUCCAAACUCCCCCACAUACUCUCCGCUUCGAGUGUGUCAUCUUCCGCACCCAAUCGUCGUCGGCCACGUAAGUUACCCCCGAAACUCCCUCACAUUUUGUCCGAAUCGAGUCCUUCUUCUUCUCCUCAAAGCUCGAAAUCCGGAUUUUCCAACAACUUUUUCCCGACGGCUUAUCAAGCUAAUUCCACCUACUCAAACACUCCCUCCCAAGCUUCUUCCGUUUGGAACUGGGAAAAUUUUUACCCUCCGUCGCCGCCGGACUCCGAAUUCUUCGACCAAAAAUUACGGCAGCAAAAGCAACAACUACCACGACGGCAUCAUCAAUUAGAUUCUAACAACCCGGAGGAUACUGAAGAUACCGAAACGGAAAAAUCAGAAUACGAUUUCUUCCGUCCACAAAAACUGAAUCACCGUUACAAUAUCAAUUCCAAUAAUGCCAAGAGCAAUUUUGAUGAGGAAACAGAAAGAGAAGAAGUGCAAUGCAGCGAAUGGGGAGACCACGACCACGACCGGUACACUACAACGAGCUCAUCGGAUGUAGAGGAGCAGGAUGAGGAUGAUGACGUGGCAUCCAGAUCCGAGAUUGGGACCCGCUCCAAUUUCGGGUCCUCGGUUAGAGGGGAGUCGGAGAAAUUGCAUCAUCUUCGUAAUCAUACUCCGCCGGUACAGCCGCAGCAGCCGAUAUAUGGGGCCACCGCGGGGAAUAAAAUGGAUAAUAAGUCGGAGGAUGCGGGAUCGUCGGCGGGAAGUUAUAGGACGGGUGCUAUGAUGGAUAUGAAGAUGGUGGUUCGGCAUAGGGAUUUGAAAGAGAUCGUCGAUGCGAUCAAAGAGAAUUUCGACAAAGCUGCCGCCGCCGGAGAUCAGGUUUCCGAGAUGCUCGAGAUCGGCAGAGCUCAGCUCGAUAAAAGUUUCAGGCAGUUGAAAAAGACGGUGUAUCAUUCGAGUAGCAUGUUCAGUAACUUAAGCUCGAGCUGGACUUCAAAGCCGCCGUUGGCUGUGAAAUACCGGCUCGACGCCACUGCCCUCAAUGAACCGGGCGGUUCAAAGAGCCUUUGUUCUACUUUGGACCGCCUCUUGGCUUGGGAGAAGAAGCUCUACAGCGAAGUCAAGGCUAGAGAAGGGGUAAAGAUUGAGCAUGAAAAGAAGUUGUCAGCAUUGCAAAGUCAAGAAUACAAGGGGGAGGAUGAAACCAAGAUAGACAAGACCAAGGCAUCAAUAAAAAGGCUGCAGUCACUAAUUAUUGUCACAUCUCAGGCUGUCUCUACCACCUCUACUGCCAUCAUCGGGCUCAGGGACAGUGAUCUUGUUCCUCAGCUUGUUGACAUUUGUCAUGGCUUUAGGUACAUGUGGGGGUCAAUGCAUCAAUACCAUGAAGUUCAGAACAAUAUUGUGCAGCAAGUUCGUGGCCUUAUAAACAGAUCAGGGAAAGGUGAUUCAACUUCUGAACUGCAUCGGCAGGCAACACGUGAUCUCGAGUCAGCUGUCUCUGCAUGGCACUCUAGUUUCUGCCGUUUAAUAAAAUUUCAACGGGAUUUUAUUCACUCCCUCCAUGGCUGGUUCAAGCUCACGCUUCUUCCUGUCAGCAAUGAUAAUGUUGAUGGCAACAGAGAGCCCUCUGAUGUAUUUGCUUUUUGCGAUGAGUGGAAGCUCGCCCUUGACCGUGUCCCUGACACAGUAGCUUCUGAAGCUAUCAAAAGUUUUAUCAAUGUGGUCCAUGUGAUUUCCGUUAAACAAACUGAAGAGCUUAAGAUUAAGAAGCGAACUGAAACUGUAUCAAAGGAGCUUGAGAAAAAGGCAUCAUCUCUCCGGAACAUAGAAAGGAAGUUCUACCAUUCAUACUCUAUGGUUGGCAUUGGGCUUCCAGAUUCUGGGCCUGAUCAUGGGCAGGUUCUGGAUGCUCGAGACCCCCUUGCUGAAAAAAAAUCUGAGCUCUCAGGCUGCCAAAGGCGAGUGGAAGAUGAAAUGCUGAGGCACGCCAAAGCAGUAGAGGUGACUAGAGCAAUGACUCUGAAUAAUCUUCAAACAGGCUUGCCAGGUGUAUUUCAAGCAAUGACCAGCUUUUCUGCCUUAUUUACCGAGGCACUUGACCAAGUAUGCUCCCGUUCCUAUCAUAUCCAAUAGUGAAUUCAUUUUUUUUUUUCUUUCCCACUUGAAUUUUUGAGGUAAGUUGAAAUUUAUAAGAGCUGGGAUUUUUUUGGCUGUGGGCUCCUAUAAUUAUUGUUUUUCUUUUUGGGUUUUUCUUUUCUUUUCUUGGGAAUGUGUAAAUACAUGGGAGGUCUUUUUGUUUGUUUUGUCCUCAUCUAUCGUCAAGCCAAGGAUAGGUGUCUAUGUACAGGAAAUUGCUCAAGAUUCUUGUAUGAAAAAAAGGUUCGCAAUUUCAGCAGAUGAAUAAAUACAUAUAUUCUGACUUUCCCUCUCUUGC